UGGCAGCAUAAUAUAUUUUCUUUACCAUUCAAAUACUCAGAUCAGCCCAUAGACCUGUACUCAUACAAUUAUCAUCUAUUUCUAUGCCUAUAUUAUUCCAGACCGUGAAUGGAGCAGGUGAAAGGACAAUAUAAUGUGUUGAAACAAACCAAAUCUUAUAGAACUAAAUUAUUAUUAAUAUACAGUAGUAUGGGACUUGUGAUUUCUGAUAGGUGGAAAAAGCUAUUAUUUUAAUGUAAUUUUAUAUUCCUGUAACAAUAGCUAUUUCUGCCAGGUGGGAAAAGCUAUUAUUUUAAUUUAGUUUUACAUUCCAUACAAUAAAUACACGGUCCUUUCCAUAUCUUCAAGUGGGUCAGAUAUCAUGCACCGCGCGUCUAUAAUGAAAUUCCAGAUGUUUUAAAGCCAGCAUUCAAGCCCCCUAAUACAAGACAAUGUGACAAUGCGACAAUGCAACAAAAAAAAAAUAGUGAGGGGGUUGGAUUGGGGGGGGGGUUCCCAUCCCGCGUUCUCAGGUUCGGAGCGGUUGAUUUUAGCAUAGCAAUUGUGAGCGCAGAGUGAGGUGACAAAGGCGGGUGUUUCUCGUCUCAAUGGCUCUGAAUUGGUUUGAAAUUUCCUUUGUUUUGAAAGAAGCGGCUCCCCCGCUGUCCCCCCCUCCCCGCGGGGUCCUUGCCUGGCCAGAAAGGGCACGUUGGUCGCUGGAUGCAGAAAGACCUCUCACCCGCCCCUCCUCCCUUCCCAGCUCCCCACCAUGCGGCUAACGUUUACAUAAUGCCACGCAAUAAGCUGAAAUAUGCAAACUGACAAUAGCUAUUGUCAUUAGGACUGUAUUGUUGGAUGAUAUAGGACCUGUAGAAAAAAUAUAUAUGUGAAGCUGUUGUGUUCUGUCUCAUUGCAUUUUUUUUUAACGGGGUGAAUGAUAUUCUAGAAUCGAAAUAACACUGCGCCUUGAAUUUGGGGACCUUAAUCAGUAGUUUAGCUACUUUACAUUUGAGUAAUUUUAGCAGACGCUCUUAUCCAGAGCAAUUCUGGUUAAAUGAAGGGCACAUUGACAGAUCUUUCACCUAAUCAGCACGAACCAGCGACCUUUCGGGUGCCUGCCCAACACUCUUCACCGCGAGGCUACCUGCCACCUCUAUGAAUGUUUAGGCUAUUACCAUCUUAACUCAAUUUCCAUCAUUCAAACAAUAAACACUGUUAAUAGACGUUUACUAGACCUGGUAUAGCCUAUAGCCUACAGCACGUAUUAUAGUAGGGUAUCCUAGCACUAAGCUUUAAUAUCUGGGCCAGUAGAUCUAAUGAUGUAUUGGGUUUUCCCCUAGUUUAGGACGCGGAGUGGUAACUCUCUCUGUCGCUGCGCUCUUCACUGGUGUAAACAUCCUCAGAAAUGAGUGGUGUUUGAACGCAACAAUUAAUUACCUGCUAGCUGUUGGUUUCAAGUCCCAAGCAAAUAGGCAGAGGGACACUGAUGUCACGGAGGCAAAUGCCUGUCACGAUGAGCGUGCCAAUUCAGUGCGAGGAUGUUUCGAAAAUCAUUCUACAGCUACAGUUAUUGUUAGUGAUCAUUAAAUACAUGUGUCAUGAGUCAUGAUAGGCUUCAAUGCCAAGAGCUGGCCGACAUUUGCAGAGAGAGGAGAGAGGGGUCUUGCCAGAGAAAAACAAAACAAAAAGCUCAUGUCUGGGCAUGCCCUGCAACACACGUUUUUAUAAAUUGAUUUAAAAAGCUUAUCAUUUGACAUAUGAUAGUAAUAUAAUGUCUGAGUUUUGGCCUCAUAGCAUUGACCACUUAUAAGUAAACCAUUUACAUGUUUUAUGUUUUAUGUACAAUUACGCGCUAUGUUUUUAAAAAUGAUACGUCUCAUUUUGAUGCAUAGACCUAUGUGUAAAUUGGGUAGUUUGCAUAUUUAUUUUAAAAAUAACAAAGCGACGCAUGCAAUCAGCCGACAAAAGCUUUUUUGAUUGAAAAUGCGCUAUUUGACACACAAAGAAAAGCCACAUGGGGAUAUAAUAACCGCAUGACCUCAUUUAUUUACAUGCGCUUGUAAUAAACAUGCGGGAGCUCAGGAAGAGACCACUAUUUAUUACACAGUGGGCAUAAACAACAAAGCUCCUCAUGAGGAAGUCGGAAUAUAAACGCAUUUCUUUUCUUAUCAAAAAAAUACUGCGUUUUGUUGUAGGGAGACAACAAAGGAGGGAGUACAGGCUAUUUCUUUCAGGGACUGGGGAAGCGCUUCUGUGACCUCCCAUCCACCGCGCCUGUCCAAUCGGUUCCGGCUAUGCAAAUUCACCAAGCAGCGCCGCACCGACCCUGCCCUGGUGGGUGACGUCAUUCGCACAUAUCCCCCAGUAGUGCUGUCUGGCUCUGCAGCAAGUCAGACAGAAACAGAAAAGAGCUGAGUGUGUGAGUCCAGUUGGGAGGGGCUCUGUGAAGGAAUAUUACCACCGCCGGCGUUCCAUCAAAGCCAACCUACAACUCUGGAAUAGGCAUUUCUGUGCCCUUCUCAAGGCACAUUUCGGGAGUCGGGCUCAUCAACAAGAAAAUAGGUCCCUUUCUGGUAGGGCGGAUUGCUUGCACUGAUUUUGUAACUGAGAGGAGAAAGAAAAAAGCGCACUGAUUUGCACCAUUGGCUUGAAACCGGUCGGGUGCCCCAUUUUCCCAUCAUCACUCCUUUUCCUACCCAGCUUCCGUGUUUUCCCUCUUUGUCUGCGCUCACUGCUCCAGACUGCAAAAACGCAAAGAUGCCUAGCUCACUGUUCGCCGAGAUGGAGAGGAAUGGGAGCAACCAGGAGAACGCCCUGGACGACCAGAGAGCCCUGCAGUUAGCCCUGGACCAGCUCUCCUUGCUCGGCUUGGACAACGACGAGAACGGGCUAUAUGACAACGAGUCUAGCCGGAAAAAGAGUGUCAAUAUGACCGAAUGUGUCCCUGUGCCUAGUUCGGAGCAUGUAGCUGAAAUCGUCGGCAGACAAGGAUGCAAAAUCAAAGCCCUACGAGCCAAGACCAACACCUACAUCAAGACGCCCGUGCGUGGCGAGGAGCCGGUGUUCGUGGUGACUGGGAGGAGGGAGGACGUCGCUAUGGCAAGGAGAGAGAUCAUCUCUGCGGCUGAGCACUUCUCCAUGAUCCGGGCCUCCCGGAACAAGAACACAAGCAUCAACGGGACAACGGGAGGUGGUACCCCAGCCCCUGGACCCCCCAACUUACCAGGCCAGACCACCAUCCAAGUCCGGGUUCCUUACAGGGUUGUUGGGCUGGUCGUGGGUCCCAAGGGGGCCACCAUCAAGCGCAUCCAGCAGACAACCCACACCUACAUUGUGACUCCCAGCCGGGACAAGGAGCCCGUGUUCGAGGUGACGGGCAUGCCUGAGAACGUGGACCGUGCUCGGGAGGAGAUCGAGGCCCACAUCACCAUGCGGACUGGUGGCCUCAUUGAGCUCCAGGACGAGAACGACUUCCAUGCCAAUGGCACGGACGUCGGGUUUGACAUUCAUGGCCACCCCACCCUAUGGUCCAAGCCCAGUAACGCGCAGAGCGUUGCCACCACGUCGGGACGCAAACCUUUCUCCAACUACCGCAACGACUCAUCAUCCUCCCUGGGCAGCGCGUCCACAGACUCCUACUUCGGCACCAACAGCGGCUCGCGCAUGGCGGACUACAGCCCCCCCUCCCCUGCUCUCAGCUACACCGCCAGCAACGGCAACAACAACAACAACAACCUGAACAUCAACACCAACGGGAAUGGCUUUGUCUAUGGUGGCGACGUCAUCUCGCCCGACUGCACUGACAUGACCUUCAGCGACACCUCGCCUGGGUUCAACCCCACGCCGGCCCCGCCCGGCCUCCUCUGGUCCCAGUACGAGCGGGGGAUGACUCCCUCCUCCUCAUCCUCCAGCUCCCCUACCUCCACCUCCUCUGCCAUCUACCCAUCAGCCAAUGCUUCCACGAAUGCCAACGGGAUGGCGAUGAGCCAGAGGAGGAUGAACGGCGGCUGUACCCCCCAGCCCCGCCUGUCCCCACCCCUCCAAAACAACCACGCCGGAGGACCCACCGAUCACCCCCUGGCCCGGAGAGUCCGCAGCGACCCAGGAGGAGGCCCCCGGUGCUUCCACGGGUACCCUAGCUCCAACGGCAUGGCCUCUCUGCCCGGGCCCCACCUCCCCGGGGUGCCCUGCGACUCCUCAGCCUCCUCUUCAUCCUCUUCCUCCUCCACCAGCCGAAAGGGCAGCCGCGACUGCUCCUUGUGCUUUGAGAGCGAGGUAAUUGCAGCUCUGGUGCCCUGUGGCCACAACCUGUUCUGUAUGGAGUGUGCCAACCGCAUCUGCCAGAGGAGUGAGCCCAAAUGCCCCGUGUGCCACACAGGGGUCACUCAGGCCAUACGUAUAUUUUCAUAAGACGUUGUCUCUACGACUCUCUGACUAUGAUGUUAUUACCAAGAUGAACAUUGAUUACCAAGAUGACCAAGUCUUUCUUGACUGACAAUAUUACCAAGAUGACUGGGUCUUGACUACGAUAGCAACAACCACAACUAAAACAAGACUCUUGUUCUGCUUGAAAGGAUCCUAUUGUAUGGGGAUAUAUGUUUGUGUAUAUACAUAUGUAUGUAUAGGAAAGCUGCAGUAUCCAAAAAAGGGAUAGACAACCCUCAUCAGGGCUCCGUCGGAAUAGUUUAUAACCUACUGUAGCUUGAGGGAGAAAGAUAUUUUCAACAUCUACAAAUGCAUGUUUAAAAUACUCCAGCAUAGUAAUCAGUAGUCGUAGUAAUGAAUUGUACACAACAUUUAUGAAGUUAGGAGAAAGGCAGAAAGGUCUUGGACUGAGGUACUUAAGAGUCGUUUGGUCAGACUGUUAGCAGAGAAAAGCCUUCCUGUUUCACUGAUUGAAUGUCGGAGGGAGACAAGUUUGUCAGGACAUCGGCUUCUUAAGUUCUUGUAAGGUGAAGAUACUGCAGUUUAAGGUCGGCCAACCAUGUGAGGGAGUACAACAACAUAUCCUGCUUAUAUAUGUAUAGAAUGGGGAAAUAUUCCAUGUCGAUGAAAAAGUUGUAAUAUUAAUUACGUUAAUACAGAUUGAAGUAUGUUAUUCUUUUUUGACUUGAAAGAUUAUAUUUCGUAUUGCAAAGAUGUUUACAGAUAUUUUUUAUUUAAGUUCAGUGAACUUUUUUUGUAGCUGGGUUCAGAUAUGUUUUAUUUUUUAGUAUGACCUUAUGGCAAUGAUCACUGUAUUAUUUGAAUAUCACACAGACUGUGGGAGGAAAUACAAGAACCACAAGGAUGUGUAUUUACAUUUGACAGUAUUCUGUUGGGAUGGAGUUUUUAUAGGUUCAGCAAAAAAUGUCUUUUAAAUCGCUUCACCCAGCAUAUUUUCUAUUCAGUAAUAUAAAGCAUAUUUUAUUCUAUAUUAUUACGAAAUGUUGAAAUGUAUAAAACUUAUUAGUAAGUCAAACAAAAAAGAACAAAAAAACGUUUAUUCUAAAAAUUUGUAUGAAUUAGAUUCCAGUGGGACUUACAGACUUCUGUUGCACCACUAUAGUUUUAAUAUUUCUAUUUUAUUACAUUUGUUUACCACUUGUUUAUGUAUAUGUAGGUGCUGUUACUUGAGUGUAAAUGUACUUUAUUGAGCAAAGUUUAAGAACAAAGUAUAUUUUAUUUUAUGAUAAAGGGCCUUUAACCUCGCGUCAAAUACUAAUGUUAUAUUUGCAGAGACAAGAUUUGAAAAUGUAUCGAGAGUUUUAUUUUUCUGACAGUUCUACAUGAUAAAGUAAAACUUAAGUAACGGUGCUACUUUGUUUAGAAAAAUUAUUUCUAUAUAAGUCCAAUAAAAAAAAGGGUACAUUCA